CAGUUUGCCUAGCGAAAGGCUGAGACGCCCUGAGCAAUCGCCUGUCGAGCCUCCACUCUUCCAUGAUAAUAACUGUUGAGUUAGAGGACAUUUUCAUCCCAUUCUGGAUACUAAAAUCAUUUCUGGUCCCCGCCUCGGGCGCCACAAAUAGUUCAGCCCCGCCUCGCAGCGUCCGACGGGAGAGGAAAGGGGAGGCCGCCAUGUUGGACAGAACCAUCCGCUGCCAUAUAUGGGGUGGCCAAUGCGCCCAUGAAUUUAGUGAUGGACGGAAACAACCUUGUUGAAUGGAAUUAAGCACUUUCUUGUCACAAGAAUGUCAGUUUGGUGAUUUGCUGGACGCGGCUUGCGGAUGCGAGUCCUCUCAGGGUCGUCGUGAGGCUCCAGGGCGUGGGUACACCCCCCGCCCCGCGGCCUUGGUACGGCCUCCCCGUCGCACGCACAUGGCUGAGCUGUAGCCGGCGCGGCGCGCGGUGCGGCCUGGGAGAGUCGGAAGCGCGGCGGCCGCGGAGCCCUGCGAGUAGGUAGUGUCGGGCCCAUGCAGGACGCAGAGAACGUGGCGGUGCCCGAGGCGGCCGAAGAGCGUGCCGAGCCCGGCCAGCAGCAACCGGCCGCCGAGCCGCCGCCAGACGAGGGGCUGCUGCGGCCCGCAGGGCCCGGCGCUCCGGAGGCGGCAGGGACAGAGGCCUCUAGUGAGGAGGUGGCGGUCGCGGAGGCCGGGCCGGAGCCGGAGGGCGAGGCCCCGGGAGAGCGGGCUCGGGACGAGUGCGCCGACAGCCGGGCCCAGGCGGCGUCCGAGGACGCGGGAGGAAACGAGGGCAGCGCGGCCGAGGCCGAGCCCCGGGCGCUGGAGAACGGCGACGCGGACGAGCCCUCCUUCAGCGACCCCGAGGACUUCGUGGACGACGUGAGCGAGGAAGAAUUACUGGGAGAUGUCCUCAAAGACCGGCCCCAGGAAGCGGACGGAAUCGAUUCGGUGAUUGUAGUGGACAACGUCCCUCAGGUGGGACCUGACCGACUUGAGAAGCUCAAAAAUGUCAUCCACAAGAUCUUUUCCAAGUUUGGGAAAAUCACAAAUGAUUUUUAUCCUGAAGAGGAUGGGAAGACGAAAGGGUAUAUUUUCCUGGAGUACGCGUCCCCGGCCCACGCUGUGGAUGCUGUGAAGAACGCCGACGGCUACAAGCUUGACAAGCAGCACACGUUCCGGGUCAACCUCUUCACAGAUUUUGACAAGUAUAUGACCAUCAGUGACGAGUGGGAUAUUCCAGAGAAACAGCCUUUCAAAGACCUGGGGAACUUACGUUACUGGCUUGAAGAGGCAGAAUGCAGAGAUCAGUACAGUGUGAUUUUUGAGAGUGGAGACCGCACUUCCAUAUUCUGGAAUGACGUAAAAGACCCUGUCUCAAUUGAAGAAAGAGCGAGAUGGACAGAGACAUAUGUGCGUUGGUCUCCUAAGGGCACCUAUCUGGCUACCUUUCAUCAAAGAGGCAUUGCUCUAUGGGGGGGAGAGAAAUUCAAGCAAAUUCAGAGAUUCAGCCACCAAGGGGUUCAGCUCAUUGACUUCUCACCUUGUGAAAGGUACCUGGUGACCUUUAGCCCCCUGAUGGACACGCAGGAUGACCCUCAGGCCAUAAUCAUCUGGGACAUCCUUACAGGGCACAAGAAGAGAGGUUUUCACUGUGAGAGCUCAGCCCAUUGGCCUAUUUUUAAGUGGAGCCACGAUGGCAAAUUCUUUGCCAGAAUGACCCUGGAUACGCUUAGCAUCUAUGAAACUCCUUCUAUGGGUCUUUUGGACAAGAAGAGUUUGAAGAUCUCUGGGAUAAAAGACUUUUCUUGGUCUCCUGGUGGUAACAUAAUCGCCUUCUGGGUGCCUGAAGACAAAGAUAUUCCAGCCAGGGUAACCCUGAUGCAGCUCCCUACCAGGCAAGAGAUCCGCGUGAGGAACCUGUUCAACGUGGUGGAUUGCAAGCUCCACUGGCAGAAGAACGGAGACUACUUGUGUGUGAAAGUAGAUAGGACUCCGAAAGGCACCCAGGGUGUUGUCACAAAUUUUGAAAUUUUCCGAAUGAGGGAGAAACAGGUACCUGUGGAUGUGGUCGAAAUGAAAGAAACCAUCAUAGCCUUUGCCUGGGAACCAAAUGGAAGUAAGUUUGCCGUGCUGCAUGGAGAGGCUCCGCGGAUAUCUGUGUCUUUCUACCACGUCAAAAACAACGGGAAAAUUGAACUCAUCAAGAUGUUCGACAAGCAGCAAGCAAACACCAUCUUCUGGAGCCCCCAAGGACAGUUCGUGGUGUUGGCGGGCCUGAGGAGUAUGAAUGGUGCCUUAGCGUUUGUGGACACUUCGGACUGCACGGUCAUGAACAUCGCAGAGCACUACAUGGCUUCCGACGUCGAGUGGGAUCCCACCGGACGCUACGUCGUCACCUCUGUGUCCUGGUGGAGCCAUAAGGUGGACAAUGCAUACUGGCUGUGGACUUUCCAGGGCCGCCUUCUGCAGAAGAACAACAAGGACCGCUUCUGCCAGCUGCUGUGGCGGCCCCGGCCUCCCACACUCCUGAGCCAGGAGCAGAUCAAGCAAAUUAAAAAGGAUCUGAAGAAAUACUCGAAGAUCUUUGAACAGAAGGAUCGUUUGAGCCAGUCCAAAGCCUCAAAGGAAUUGGUGGAGAGAAGGCGCACCAAGAUGGAAGACUUCCGGAAGUCGAAAAUGGCCCAGGAGCUCUAUAUGGAGCAGAAAAACGAGCGCCUGGAGUUGCGAGGAGGUGUGGACACUGACGAGCUGGACAGCAACGUGGACGACUGGGAAGAGGAGACCAUAGAGUUCUUCGUCACUGAGGAAAUCAUCCCUCUUGGGAACCAGGAGUGACCUAGGAGCGCUGUGUGCGGCCGCGUGUGGUAUGUGGAGCCGAGGCCGUCCUGCAGGAAGCCCACGUGACUGCCGCCGCCUCCCCGUGCUCUGUGGCUCUGGACUGUGACCGCGCCUGGAUUCUGCCAUUGCGACACGUUUUUGUGCCUUUCAGCCCCUGGUGUCUGCAGUGGGGUGUUUAAGGCACCCGCUUCCACUUCUUUCUUCUUUUUUUUCCCUGAGAUGGAGUCUCGCUCUGUCGCCCAGGCUGGAGUGCUGUGGCGCGGUCUCGGCUCACUGCAAGCUCCGCCUCCCGGGUUCCCGCCAUUCUCCUGCCUCAGCCUCCCGAGUAGCUGGGACUACAGGUGCCCGCCACCUCGCCCGGCUAAUCUUUUGUAUUUUUAAUAGAGACGGGGUUUCACCGUGUUUGCGAGGAUGGUCUCAAUCUCCUGACCUCGUAAUCCGCCCGCCUCUGCCAAAGUGCUGGGAUUACAGGCGUGAGCCACCACGCCCGGCCCACUUCUUUCUUGUUUGGAGUUUUCUGUCGGAACCACUGGUAUUGGCUCUGUAGACUCUUAGCAACGCCGCCGGCAGCACCUUCUGCGCCCAGUGAUGUUUCCAUGGUGCCUGUACACAGCUGAGCGGCAUUUCCGUUGAAGGACUUGCAUCCCCAUCGCGGGCAGUGCUGGACGUGUCCCGGAGACCCACCGGGAGGGCGCCGCCAUGCCUCAUACCCCCACCGUGCAGGUUGUGGCCGGUUUUCUCCACAGGUUGAACGUGGAAAUAAAAGCAAACUUGUAUGAAA